AUGGCCUCCAGCAUCGAGUCCGCCUUCGAGGCCACGCCGCUCGACGCCAUCCCCAAGAUCGUUGCCACGGCUCGCGACUCGUUCCAAUCUCAGAAGACGAAGGAUGUCGAGUGGCGACUCGUCCAGCUGCGGAAGCUCUACUGGGGCAUCGCCGACUACACCGAGAAGUUCCAGGCUGCCUUGCAGAAGGACCUCCACAAGCCCCCCCACGAGGCCAUCCUGACCGAGAUCCACCACUUGGUCCAAGACCUCGACCUCAGCCUCAAGAAGCUGAAGACCUGGGUCAAGGACGACAGGGACCUCGACUACCCUUUGACCUUCUACCCCAUGAAGCCGCGGGUCCGCAAGGAGCCCCUGGGGACGGUGUUGAUCAUCGGCCCCUACAACUUCCCCCUGAUGCUGAACCUCGCCCCGUUGGUCGGCGCCAUCGCCGCCGGCUGUACCGCUGUCAUCAAGCCCUCGGAGAACGCGCCCGCCACCGCCGUGGCCAUAAAGGAGAUGGUCGAGAACUAUCUCGACCCGUCGAGCUUCUUCGUCGUCAACGGCGCCGUCCCCGAGACCACCGCCCUGCUCGACCAGAAGUGGGACAAGAUCUUCUACACCGGCAGCGGGGGCAUUGCCAAGAUCAUCGCCAAGAAGGCAGCUGAGAACCUCACGCCGCUCACCCUCGAGCUCGGCGGCCGAAACCCGUCCUUUGUGUCCAAGUCUUCGAACUUGGCCCUCGCCGCCAGGCGCCUCCUGUGGGGCAAGACGCUCAACUCCGGGCAGGUCUGCCUGUCGCAGAACUACGUGCUUGUGCAGCGGGACAUCGUCGACGACUUCGUCAAACAGCUCAACGCGAGCUACAAGGAGUUCUUCCCCGACGGGCCCCAGAAGAGCCAGGACUACGCGCGCAUCAUCAACGAGCGCCACUUCGACCGCAUCAAGAAGAUGCUCGACACCUCCAGCGGCAAGGUCGUGCUCGGCGGUGAGACGGACCGCUCCGACCUCUACAUCUCGCCCACCGUCGUCCUCGUCGACUCCCUCGAUGACCCCGUCAUGAGGGAAGAGUCCUUUGGCCCCCUCUGGGGCAUGGUGGCGUACGACACACUCGAGGACGCGAUUAAGAUCAUGAACAAGGUGGACCCCACACCCCUGUCGCUUGUGACGUUCGGGUCGAAAGCCGAGAACGAGAAAAUCCUCAGCCAGGUGACCUCGGGCGGUGCGACGCUCAACGACUCAUGGAUGCACGGAGGCAUCGCGACGCUGCCGUUCGGUGGGGUGGGCGAGUCGGGAACCGGGUCGUACCACGGGCGCUCGUCGUUUGACUGCUUCACCCACCGACGGACGGUGGCCGAGGUGCCCGGGUGGAUGGACGGCUUGCUGCGCGUGCGGUACGCUCCCUUCUCGCCCGCCGAGUUCCGCCGCCACAUGUGGAUGACGGCGUCGCGGCCCGACUUCGACCGCGAUGGCAAACCCCUCUCGCGCGUCAGCUACUGGCUCUGGCUCGUCUUUGGACUCGGAGGCCCUUCUGCUAAAGGUGCGUUGCUCCGCUGGAUGACUGUCCUCGCCUCUGCGUACGCCCUCGCGAACUACUGGCCCGCACAUAAGAGGUGGCUCUCUUGA